AUUAGCAGAGUACGGAAAGACAUGUAUAACGACACAUUAAAUGGUAGUACGGAGAAGAGAAGUGCAGAAUUACCAGAUGCUGUGGGACCUAUUGUACAGUUACAAGAGAAACUAUAUGUGCCUGUAAAAGAAUAUCCAGAUUUUAACUUUGUUGGAAGAAUCCUUGGGCCCAGAGGACUAACAGCUAAACAGCUUGAGGCAGAAACAGGAUGCAAGAUAAUGGUUCGAGGGAAGGGCUCAAUGAGGGACAAAAAGAAGGUCUUCUUUAAGAGCAGAGACAGCCAUGAUCCAGCAGUUUUGGAGGUAGAGGAAGAACAGAACCGAGGCAAGCCCAACUGGGAACACCUGAAUGAAGAUUUACACGUACUUAUCACUGUGGAGGAUGCUCAGAACAGAGCAGAAAUUAAACUGAAGAGGGCUGUUGAAGAAGUAAAAAAGUUACUGAUCCCUGCAACAGUGCCUGCAGAAACGCCUGGAGCUAAGAUAGAUUGCAUCGGUGUGCCGCGUUUGAUCAUCUGUCAGCAGCAGAGAGGAGAGGGCAGGCAACGACGAUCCCCUUGCUCUAUCCCAGCUCUUGGAAAUUCGCGAGUUUGGCUAGUGGUGAGGGGUGGUCGGGCGGAGACCUUGAUGCCCAAGGAGGGACGUGACAGCGUCUCUGAAAGGGGCCUGACCACCUCUGUGCCUUAUGCCUUGAAGAGAGGUGGCAAGCCUCAGGUGCAGGCUCAGGGUGUGAGGGGGGUAGCCGGCUUUUGA